AUGGAAAUGAAUGGUGUCGAUGAGAAUGCCUGGUGGACGUUGCCUGAAAACUUUGAGGCCCCCUUUGUGGUAUUCAUAGAUGAGGGCCAGGAGGAGCUCAUAUUUGGCCAUCGAGACUUACACCUCAGACAGAUAGAGGUACACAGUAACACCUUCAUUCAGCUGGAGGAGUGGUUUACGGCAUCAGGUCAGACUCGAGUAACUGUCGUGGGACCGUUAAGAGCAAAGCAGUGGUUGAUGGAUAUGAUUUGGAGUGUCGGUAGCCAGGAACCUAACCACCAGGCCCGAGGCCAAGAGAUGUUGCAGCGUGUCCGGAACCAACGUCUGACCAGGGAGGACUUGGAUGCCUCUUUCAGGGUGAGGUCAUAUAGCUGGGGCCUAUCUCGACCUACCAGGAUGAGAGGGACCACUUAA